CCCCCUUAAACACCAGAAGUCCCCUUGUUCUUUUUUUACGGCCUGGCCAUGCGUCUCUCUGCUCCCCUUUAUUUUUCCUCUUCAUACAUAGCCGUCUUUUCAUAGUUCUCGCCGCGCUCUCCUGGAGGGGAUCUGGUCCAUGCUUACCAUUCGGAUAAGGACUUGCAUGGCGACAUCCAGGCAGCCAUCCUAACCUUCUAGCACUUCGCAAAUAACCUGCCCCAUUCUCUACACCGACAGUUCCAUUCUUCUGCAUCCUUUAUCCUCCUUCUCGUUUCAUAAUUUCUUCUAGUGCUCUCACCUCCAGCUAACCCAUUUCCACCCUCCAUUUCCAUUCAACAGAUCGGGGUCGCACGUCUGCCUAGUAACUGUGCUUGUAUCCGCUCCACCGCCUUUUUCUGGCUGUCCCACUUCAUCCAGCGUACUUUUGGUGCCUGGAUCACCACCUGCGCAUUAGCGACCAUGGCACCGCAAGAACCACCACCUACAAUAGCCAUUGCCAUGCCUUCUCCUCCCCCUGUUCCGACGGCAGAGACUACAUCGCCACUUGCUACAGCCAUCACUACUGAGUCAACGUAUCCGCCUGUAACACCAACAACAACGACGACCGACCCACCAUUCCCCAGCACUACUGCACCCACGCAAUUCUCUUCAGAACCACCGCCGACGAAUGCAAACCCAGAACCAACUACUAGCAUUGCAACGCAGCCUACACAACCACCUCCACCAACAAUUCCGACGAUCAAAACGAUGCAAGGCCCACAGCCGCCCGAGGAAACCACACCAAUGACGACCACGACGCCGUAUACCACCCAAUACAUCACCACGGUGUCGAUUGUCACCAUCACGACAGUGGUGCCACAGACGGCCGUAAUCUCCGGAUCAACGACGACGAUCUACAGCACCAAAUACACAACCACCAGGAGACCAACUAUCAUUCCUGACCCGUUUCAACCCCUCCCUCCAUCAGCAUCUUCAUCCCAGAAUCCAUUGUCUCACAGCACAGGCCUUCAAACUUGGCAGAUCAUCCUGAUAAUCGUGGCAGCCCUGGUCCUGGUAUCUGCUUGUGCGACAGUCAUCCUAAUCGGCUGGAUCCGAAAGAGAAGGCGAUGGCGAGCAGGGAAAGAGAAAGCUGUAGAGUUGAUGCCCGUCGGAUUAGAGCCUUGGGACCAUCCAGGCAUGGGAUCGCCACGCAGCGGCCGCCACGGCAGUGGAGGCGACGGAGGCACGCGAGUGACAGGAGGGUGGCACGAAUAUGACAAAGAGGGGGCAUACGAUGUCGCUGGAGCUGCAAUGGCGAGAAGUUACCAUGAUCGGUAUGCUGCCAACUAUACAGGACGCGUCGGGUAUCUAGGGCACGGACAUGGAUUUAGUGAAGACCAUUACAGCACUGGGGGCCCUGGGUCACCACAUGGACAUUACCGUCAUUCACCUUACGAGGAAUUCGAAUCAUCCCAUAUCCGUAGCGGCAGUGGUAUCAACGAUCUACGCGACGGAGCAGCUGCUGAGAGCUAUCAGGAUGAUAUCACACAGGCCGCGCAGCAGCAGUUCGUUUACUUUCCUCAGCCACCACCAUCACCACGGUCAAGCGCACUUCCGCCGCAUCGGACAAGGUCGUCGUCCAUGUCACAGACCAGCGGCAAUUGCAGGCCGAGCGCAUCUUCUCGCAGGGAUUCGUCGAGGAAUAGGAGCAUACCGAAAACGAGUGAGGAUCAUAUCCCGACUGGGGUUGCGUCUGCGGUCUCGGUUGCAGAUACAGCGGACAUGGGUCAGGACCCUCAGUCUGGGGACAAGGAUGGAUCUGGACAAGUGGAAAAGAACUCUAUGUUUGAGCUACAUAGAAAAUCACCUCAGGCCUUGCUAUCGAUACGUCGCCAGACCCGUGCCCUGGCAGAGCUCAACGAGGAGCUGCGUGACCAGGACAAUGCCCUUGCACUGGCUCCGUCCCACACCACGGGAUCAGAAAUGCAGAGAAACGAGGGUGAGUGGCCGCUGCAGUAGAAUAAACCCCACAGGCUCCCCCCCCCUUUUUUUUUUGAUGCGUCCAGUUUCCUGACAGCCCACUAACAUGGGGGCGUAGCAGCGUUAGCACCUUCGGAGGAUCCCCAGCACCCUUCCCG